AUGCUUGUGGUGAGGAUUUCCCGCCCCGGAGGAGAAUUUCCCAACCAAAACUCGUGUGUUGGUGAAGGUCUGGCUUCAUGGGUCCAACAAAAUCGAUCUCUUGAAGAAACCGACAUUGUUCUCUGGUAUCAAGCUGUAGCUUACAUUGAAGCAUCUGCAUAUAUCUACCAAGAUGGAAAGCUUUUAAUGGAGGUUGAUCAUUUGCAACAUGUCCUGGGGCCAUAUAUACAGAUUAAAGGGGCAAAUAAGGAAGUUACUGUAGCUGCUGGUUCGGCUCUUGAGCUUGAUGGUUCAUACACCACAAAGAGUUACCUUCAAAUAGUACUGGAAAAAUUACCAGCAUCAGAGAGAAAUUCAAGUGGGAUCAAUGCUCAACAAGCUGCACGGUUGCAAGAACUUGUAGAAAACAUUCAAUCUCAGGGUAGCAGUUCAUCAUCUGAGUCAUCACCAAGUAGGGAGGUUAUUUCUCCCAUUGAAGGUGCGAUUGAAGAUAUGCAGUCAAGAAUCAAGAGACUCGAACGGUGGCAGGCAAUUAAUACAGUGCUAUAG